AUGCUCUUAAGGCAGUCUGUGCGCGCAAAACGCCCUCGAUCAACCAUGAGCGAUUGUCACUUUGCAAACAAGCGAGCACAGUAUGAACCAAAACCCAUCGUAUACGGCAUGGCAAAGAAUGGCGCCGAAAUGCGUAUCCAACUAGACGACAAGGAAGCCAACAUUUGCGAACUAUUGCGUCAAGUAUCCGACUACGUUGCUGCAGAACGUCCUGAUCUACCACGCAUUGAAUCGCGCAUUGCAGGUGGUUGGGUACGCGACAAGCUCCUUGGAAAGGAUUGCCACGACUUGGAUAUUGCAGUGAACGAUAUGAUGGGAUACGAGUUUGCUCAAUACGUCAACAAGUGCUUGGAAAAGAAUGGAUAUCCUACACGCAACAUUGCAAAGAUCGACAGCAAUCCGGCUAAAUCAAAGCAUCUCGAGACAGCCACCACAAAGCUAUUCAACAUCGAAGUCGACUUCGCCAAUUUGCGCACUGAAGUCUAUGAUGAUGAUAGUAGAAUACCAUCAGCCAUUGCUUUUGGCACACCCACAGAAGAUGCCUAUCGACGUGAUACUACAAUCAACAGCUUGUUUUACAAUAUCAAUACAUGUCAAGUUGAGGAUUUCACUGGGACGGGAUUAUCCGAUCUUGAGCAAGGAUUGAUUCGUACGCCGUUGGAGCCUUUUGAGACCUUCAGAGAUGAUCCAUUGCGUGUUCUUCGGUGCGUUCGAUUUGCCAGCCGAUUCAAUUUCGAGCUUGUACCUGAAAUCGUGGAUGCUGUUAAGAAUGAGACGAUUCGACGUGCAUUGGAUGAGAAGAUUAGCAAGGAGCGUAUUGGCAAUGAGCUUGAAAAGAUGGUGACAGGCCCACUACCCCUCAAAGCAAUUGAAAUGAUCCAUGAUCUCGGCUUGUACAAUGUCAUUUUCGCUACACAUGCCAACAUUGUAUCGGGUACCGUACAAGAUUCCAGUAUAGCAGUACGAGCUGUAGGUGUUAUCCAAUGGUUGGCAGGCCAUCCAAUGGAAGCAUUACGUCCAUACAGCAAGGAUGAGAUGCGAUUGCUCAAUAUGGCUUCCUAUUUUCUACCAUUUUCCGACAUCAUUACCGAACAAAAGGGCAGGCAUAUCGUAGGUGUGCAAGACGUAUUGCGAGAUUCGAUCAAGGCUACCAAAUCAGACAUGACUUGCCUUGCACAUCUCUUUUCCGAAUAUCCAUCAUUUACGGUAGCUGUGGAUAGUAACAUGCAAAAUACCAUCUCACGACAAGAACUUGGCAUGCUUAUCCGAGGCUCGAAGGAACUAUGGACAACUACCCUGAAAUUGGCACUUGUGGUCGAAUUGCUGAAAGCAAAUGAUACCAUUGACUGGCGUCAACCCUACAACGUGACAUCAGAUCAAAGCUUAGAAUUUAUUUGCGAGAAAUACAACGCCCUGAUAUCACAAACAUUGCAGUAUGGUAUUAGCGAUUGUUACAAAUGGAAGCCUAUGCUUGAUGGCAAAAAAAUUGCACAGAUCCUUGGCAUCAAACCUGGUCCUAGUAUGGGCGACUUGCUCCAGCAGACAAUGAAAUGGCAAUUGGCAAAUCCUGAAGGAACGCAAGAAGAAUGUAGUGCCAUGAUUAAGGCUUAUUGGGAAGCAGGACAACAGAGUAGCAGUUGA